GGUGCGGUGUAAGGUGUGGUGUGAUGUGGUUGGCGAGAAUACGAGGGAACAACAGUGUAGGGAAGGAACAGAAGGGGGGCACUGCCUGCUUUGUUACGCGAAGGGGUUGGAGGUCUUCAGUUAUUCUAAAUAAUGAAUGAAGGGGUGUGAACCAACGAUCGUUAGCAUCCCCUUGGAGAGAACCACGCAUCCAACUUUAACUACCAACCCAUCACUAUAUACCGCCACCGCUGUCCCUGCCACAAAAUUGCCCUGCGACAGCGACAUGCACCCUUGCAAUCUUUAUGCAAACGAAGUAGACUGCUCACCAGAGUAUGUCAGACUUUUGCAAUUGUGCGUGGAUAGCGGAUGUAUUCAGUGGAUUAUAGAUCCUUUGCAGCAUUGUCGGGGGGAUACUUAUUAAGAUACUGUUUGAGUUCGUAUAGCCGUGGGAGAUAUUGUGUGCGGUGGUGGGGAAAGGGGGUUGGGAGGAUAUAAAAGUGUUUGAAGGGGGGCUGAGGGUAUGGGUUGGAAACUGGUCAAGGGAUAACAUCUCGAUCUUCUCGUAUACUGUACUUUCGUUCUUGUGAGGUUGAUUGUUGUCUUGUUAAUUAAGUACCCGUGGAAUACUACAAGAACCCUUGAUAAUUU